CCCUGGCUCCCCCUUCUCCAUCUGAGGCCAGCCUUGCAGGCGACUGCAUCCUCCCUGGCUGCAUCCUCCUCCUCGCCCUCCCUCCCUCCCUGCACACACAUCUCUCCUUGCCCCCUGUCUCGGCUCCUUUCUCCGAGAGGAUGACCCUUCCAGGGCUGUGAGGGCUUCCGCGGCUCCGGAUCCGGUGCCAAGAUGACCGUGGAAUUCGAGGAGUGCAUCAAGGACUCGCCCCGAUUCCGGGCGACCAUAGAUGAAGUGGAAACAGAUGUGGUGGAAAUCGAAGCCAAGCUUGACAAGCUGGUGAAGCUAUGCAGCAACAUGAUCGAGGCCGGCAAGGCCUACAUCAUCACCAACAAGCAGUUUGUCAGCGGAGUCCGAGACCUGUCUCAACAAUGCAAGAAGGACGAAAUGAUUUCGGAAUGCCUGGACAAGUUUGGAGACAGCCUUCAAGAGAUGGUCAACUAUCACAUGAUCCUUUUCGACCAAGCGCAGAGGUCUGUCCGGCAGCAGCUCCACAAUUUUGUGAAAGAUGACGUCCGGAAGUUCAAGGAGACCAAGAAGCAGUUUGACAAGGUGCGGGAGGACAUGGAGAUCGCCUUGGUCAAGAAUGCCCAGGCACCGCGGCACAAGCCCCACGAGGUGGAAGAGGCCACGGGGACCCUGACCAUCACCAGGAAGUGCUUCCGGCACUUGGCCCUCGACUACGUCUUGCAGAUCAACGUCCUCCAAGCCAAGAAGAAAUUUGAAAUUCUGGAUGCAAUGCUGUCCUUUAUGCACGCCCAAUAUACCUUUUUCCAGCAAGGCUACAGCCUCCUACAUGAACUGGACCCUUAUAUGAAGAAGUUGGCUUCAGAGCUCGACCAGUUGGUGAUUGAUUCUGCAGUGGAGAAGCGGGAAAUGGAGCACAAGCAUGCGCUGAUCCAGCAGCGGACUUUACUGCAGGAUUUCUCGUAUGAUGACUCCAAAGUGGAAUUCAACGUCGAUGCCCCCAACGGGGUGGUGAUGGAAGGCUACCUCUUCAAAAGGGCAAGCAACGCUUUCAAGACCUGGAACCGGAGGUGGUUCUCCAUACAGAACAGCCAGUUGGUGUACCAGAAGAAGCUAAAGGAUGUCCUCACGGUGGUGGUGGAAGACCUCCGGCUUUGUACCGUCAAGCCCUGUGAAGAUAUAGAGAGGAGGUUCUGCUUCGAAGUUGUGUCUCCCACUAAAAGCUGCAUGCUUCAGGCCGAUUCGGAGAAACUGCGCCAGGCGUGGAUCCAGGCGGUUCAAGCGAGCAUCGCCUCUGCGUACCGAGAGAGCCCGGACAGCUGCUACAUCGAAAGACUGGACCGGACGGCCUCCCCUUCCACGAGCAGCAUCGACUCAGCGACCGACUCCCGGGACCGCAGCGCCAAAGGGGAGACCAUCCUGCAGCGGGUGCAGAGCAUCCCAGGGAACGAUCAGUGCUGUGACUGCGGCCAAGCCGAUCCCCGGUGGGCCAGCAUCAACUUGGGCAUCUUACUAUGCAUCGAAUGUUCAGGGAUACACAGGAGUUUGGGGGUGCACUGCUCCAAAGUGCGGUCGCUCACGCUGGACUCAUGGGAGCCAGAAUUGCUGAAGCUGAUGUGUGAGCUGGGCAAUGCCACCAUGAACCAGAUCUAUGAGGCACAAUGUGAGGAGAUGGGACUCAAGAAGCCCAGCGCGGGCAGCUCCAGGCAAGACAAAGAAGCUUGGAUUAAAGUCAAAUACGUGGAGAAGAAGUUCCUCAAGAAGCUGCCAUCUGGGGAGGCCCUGGCCGAGAACGAGAGGAAGCCGCGGCGUUGGAGCGUGAAGAAGUGCCAACGGCGCAACAGCUCCACGAAAGCACCCACGGCGCGGAGGAAGUACCGGCACGAGGCAGGAAACGCAUCGCCGGCGGCACACUCUUCAGCUGCCACGCUGGAACGGAAAUUCCGGCGCGAUUCCCUCUUCUGUCCCGAUGAGCUGGACUCCCUUUUCUCCUAUUUCGACACGGGAGCUGGAGCCGGGCCACGCAGUGGCAACCACGUCCCUGUACCACAGCCUCUGGCCGCCAGCCCACGGAGUGACAGUGGCCACGGUCCUGUUGGGAGCGGUUCACCAUUCCUCCUGGAUGGAGGUCUAAGUAGUGACAGUGGACUGGGCGGCAGCACAGACGGGAGCAGUGACGUCCUGGUGUUUGGCUCAGUGGUGGACAGUGUCACGGAGGAAGAGUGCGAAGUGUCGGAGGAAUCCAGCGGAGAAGCGGAAAUCGAGCACGAGGCUUCCGACUUGGAGGACCUGCGGGAGCUGCACCCUGGCCUCUUGGUUUACAAGGCCUCGCGGGCCAGGAACCUUCCCAUCAUGGCGGAGGCCUUGGCCCACGGGGCGGACGUCAACUGGGUGAACGACGAGGACGAGAACAAGACCCCCUUGAUCCAAGCUGUCAUGGGGGGCUCCUUGAUAGCUUGCGAAUUCUUGCUCCAGAACGGAGCAGACGUUAACCAAAGAGAUAUCCGAGGGAGAGCGCCGCUGCAUCAUGCCACGUAUUUGGGCCACACCGGCCAAGUCUGCUUGUUCCUGAAAAGAGGAGCCAACCAACACGCGGUUGAUGAAGACGGGCAGGACCCUCUCAGCAUCGCGGUCCAAGCUGCUAAUGCAGACAUUGUUACCUUGUUGCGCCUGGCUCGAAUGAACGAAGAGAUGCGAGAAGCCGAGGGUCCGUUUGGUCAUCCAGGAGAUGCCACCUAUCUUGACAUUUUCCGGGAGUUUUCUCACAUGGCGUCAAAUAAUCCGGAGAAACUCAACCGCCGCAGCCUGCAUUUCGGACACUCCUACAGAUAGCCACGAUCCUCUUUGUUGCUUUCUCACAAUUGUGCAUCCUUCCAGCUUUGGAACGAGAGUCAAGGUCACCUUCUUCAUACUAAGCGAAGUAGGCAUUUCGUAGGAGGCAGGUUGUUGGUGAAUGAAAAAUAGGAAUGGCUCUAUGUAAGCACCUUUGGCAUUGGUACAUGGGCCUUGGGAAGAAACCUAUGGAGAGCAUCCAAAAGAAGCUGGAGACAUGCCUGAAGAUACUCAAAAAGAUGGUUAUCCUAUUCAAUGGGCUUUUGAUUAAUUAAAAUAUACACCAGAAUCUUAGAGGAGGGCAAAGGUUUGGAAGCCCUAGAGAUCUGGGUCUGUUUAGCCAAGAUAGACAUGAGACAGAUUUGAGGAAAAAUGUUUCGUCUAGGAACCCCAAGUCCUCCAGUGUGAGAAUAUGGUCAACGUCCGCUGGACGUCAUUCUGGAUGGCCUAGAGAUUCCUAGAGGGAACCCCUUC